UGCGUGCGCUGCGUUUACAUCCUCGACCCGUGGUUUGCGGCCUCCUCGUCCGUCGGGAUCAACCGCUGGAGGUUCCUACUGCAGUCUCUGGAAGAUCUGGACACAAGUUUAAGGAAACUCAACUCCCGCCUGUUUGUGGUCCGGGGACAGCCAGCGGACGUGUUCCCGAGGCUAUUCAAGGAAUGGGGGGUGACCCGCCUGACCUUUGAGUACGACUCCGAGCCCUUUGGGAAGGAACGGGAUGCAGCCAUCAUGAAGAUGGCUAAGGAGGCUGGAGUGGAGGUGGUGACUGAGAACUCCCAUACCCUCUAUGACCUGGACAGGAUCAUCGAGCUGAAUGGGCAGAAGCCGCCGCUUACUUACAAGCGUUUUCAGGCCAUCAUCAGCCGCAUGGAUCUGCCCAAGAAGCCAGUGAGCGCGGUGAGCAGCCAACAGAUGGAGCGCUGCCAGGCAGAGAUCCAGGAGAACCAUGACGACACCUACGGUGUGCCCUCCUUGGAGGAGCUGGGGUUCCCCACCGAAGGACUUGGCCCCGCUGUCUGGCAAGGAGGAGAGACAGAAGCCCUGGCCCGCCUGGAUAAGCACUUGGAACGGAAGGCCUGGGUUGCCAACUAUGAGAGACCCCGGAUGAAUGCCAACUCCCUGCUGGCCAGCCCCACAGGCCUCAGCCCCUACCUACGCUUCGGCUGCCUCUCCUGCCGCCUCUUUUACUACCGCCUGUGGGACCUGUAUAAAAAGGUGAAGCGGAACAGCACACCCCCUCUCUCCCUGUUCGGGCAACUCCUGUGGCGAGAGUUCUUCUACACAGCGGCCACCAACAACCCCAGGUUUGACCGCAUGGAGGGGAACCCCAUCUGCAUCCAGAUCCCCUGGGACCGCAACCCGGAAGCCCUGGCCAAGUGGGCUGAGGGCAAGACAGGCUUCCCUUGGAUCGACGCCAUCAUGACCCAGCUGAGGCAGGAGGGCUGGAUCCACCACCUGGCCCGGCACGCCGUGGCCUGCUUCCUCACCCGCGGGGACCUCUGGGUCAGCUGGGAGAGCGGGGUCCGGGUGUUCGAUGAGCUGCUGCUGGAUGCGGACUUCAGCGUGAAUGCAGGCAGCUGGAUGUGGCUGUCCUGCAGCGCUUUCUUCCAGCAGUUCUUCCACUGCUACUGCCCGGUCGGCUUCGGCCGCCGCACAGACCCCAGUGGGGACUACAUCAGGCAAUACCUGCCGAAGUUGAAAGGGUUCCCCUCCCGGUACAUCUAUGAGCCCUGGAACGCCCCAGAGUCAGUUCAGAAGGCAGCCAAGUGCGUCAUCGGUGUGGACUACCCACGGCCCAUCGUCAACCAUGCCGAGACCAGCCGGCUCAACAUCGAGCGCAUGAAGCAGAUUUACCAGCAGCUCUCGCGCUACCGGGGCCUCUGUCUGUUGGCAUCUGUCCCGUCCUGUGUGGAGGACCUCAGCCAUCCUGUGGCAGAGCCCAGCUUGAGCCAGGCCGGGAGCAGCAGCAGCAUGGGCCCCAGGCCACUACCUGGUGGCCCAGCAUCCCCCAAACGCAAGCUGGAGGCAGCAGAGGAGCCACCUGGGGAAGAACUCAGCAAACGAGCCCGGGUGGCAGAACUGCCCGCCCCUGAGCCCCCAAGCAAGGACGCCUGAGAUUGCAGACUCACUGCUCCCUGAGCAAAACCUGGGUGCCCAAGCAGCCACUGUGGCCAGAGUGCAACCUACCAAGAAGCUGAUCCCCGUCGGAGACAGAGCGAGCAUGUGUGUGUGUGCGUGUGCCGAGGAAGGUGUGGGUGCUAUCUGCGUGUGCAUGCAUGUUUACACUCUCAGGAUCCUGAGUGCUGCCUGGGCUGGAGGGGUACCUGGAGCAGCUCACCUGGCCUCCAGAUGCAAGGCUAGAGGUCAUGGCCGUGACCUUCAGCCUUGUUUGAGUAGGGUGUAGUGGAAGGACCCUGCUGGGGAGGAGCAGAAGGGCCAUAUUUCCUGGCUCUUGUCCAAAGCACAGGAUUCUAGGGGCAGCCAGAGUCCUGCUGAGUUCCCACUCAGGCACAGGAGGUGGGGCAGGCUGGAAUGGGUGGGUGCCGGCCGGAUACAGCCACCUGGCCUGGCCUGUCUUCUGUCUUAUUUUAAAAUCCUCUGCCACCAAUCCUCAUCUGGGACUGAGGACAGGCUGUAGACCAAUCUGAACGGUCUCUGCUCUCAGAUGGAAGUAUGCCCAGAUCCCUGACUUUCAGGCUUGAACCCCCAGGUGAGGAACAGAAUCCUAGCUGUCUCUAUUCUACCCCCAGAAGCUGAAAGCCAGUGCCAGAGCCUAUCCGGGAACUAUGCAGGGGCUGGGGUCCGAGCUGGACCCUCUACCAGGAGACUAGGCCAAGUGGCCGCGCUCCAGGGCCUCUCGGUGCUCAGUGAGGACAGCUGACCGCCGGCCAGGGAAGCCAGCUUGUUGUUCGGUAGGCUUCCAGGGCCUGCUGCGAGCUGCUCCACAUCCAGGCUGCCGUGUCAGCUGUCCCAGGAGACUGCUGACAGGGACGGGGCACUACCAGGGGCGCUUGCACCCAGCACACGGUUCCUUCCAGAAGGAGGCGUGGGUCUGUACCGGAGCAGCCAGACCUGCAUUCCAGGGAUGGCCGUGCCGCCUCUGCUCCCCACACUGUCACAGGCCCAUGUCGAGAGAAGCAGUGAGGAGGACUGCGGUCACCUAGAGCAAGUCUUCCUUCACCCCGUGGCCUGCCCUUGAGCCACAGAGUGCGUGUGCGUGUGUGUGUGUGAUCGUGUGUGUGCACCCGCACACAAAGCUGAAAGGCUAAUUCCUGUUGGAUUUUGUUUUCUCGUGUAACAUUAAGCUGGCCUCUGGGUCUCUUCCUCUCUACCUCCCCUGUGACCUUUCCAGCCUCAGAGCUGUUUACUCCCAUGGCCCGCCUUCACUGUCCCGCCCUCAAACCAGAGCCCUGUUGACAGGCUCUUCCUGAGAUGACUCCAGUUUUCUCAGCCUGAGAGCUGCCUCUAGAGUCCCGCUCUUCUGUGUGUCACCCUCACCAGAAUGUCCUGUAAUCGUGUGGGGGAAACGGCCUCAGUGAGGGUGUUUUCGGAGUGCCUGGGUGGGGGCUUUCCUUCCCUCAGCCCCAGCCGGGAGGGAGGAGAGGGGCAAGCCCAGAAAGUCAAAGGCUGAGGGCCAGAUUCAGUAUUUAGCACUACCUUCAGCUGUCAAGAGGAUUCCCUCUGCCUGUUUGAUGGCUCUCUUCCCUAACGUACAGACUGGCGAGACCACUGCCUCUCCUCAGCCAUUGCCAGCAUCCUGGCCUAUCCCAGGACAAGCUCCUGCUGCAGUGGAGCUGUGGUGGCCUGGAGCUCCGUGAUGGCCCAGGUGGCCCUAGGGACUGCCACAGAGCAAUGCCCCAGCCCCUGAUCCAAGGACCAGCUUGGGGAAGACACAGUUGCAGGCAAAAUGCACUUUACAGAUAUUCUAUUGCUGUUUCCCCCACAGUUUGUGAAUAUUAACUUGUUUUAUAAACGUCGGAUCCUGUCUGA